AAAUCAUCGAAACGAUGGCGUUUCACAACGAUCAUCUCUCUCAAGACCUCUCUUUCAAUCAUUUAACCAACCAAGACGGACCUCCUCCGCAACAGCAACAUUUCCACGACGCGCCACAACCUCCUAACUUGCUCAACACGGCUCUUCUCCGCUCAGACAACCUCCACACGUCAACCGCCGCAAGCACCUCCGACUCUCCUCCCUCCGCCGCCACCACCGUCGCAGCUAAUCAGUGGCUUUCCCGUUCCUCCUCUUUCCUCCAACGUACCGGAAACAACAACAACGCCAGCGCCGCCGUUGUCGGAGACGUCAUCGACGAAGGAGGAGCAGAAACGAUGAUCGGCGAAGAGAAGAAGAACGACGGAGGAGGAGGAGGAGCGGCGGCGGCGGAGGAGGGAGUAGUGAGCUGGGAGAAUGCGAGGCAAAAGGCGGAGAUACUAUCCCAUCCGCUAUACGAGCAGCUUUUGUCGGCGCACGUCGCGUGUCUGAGAAUCGCGACGCCGGUUGAUCAGCUUCCGAGGAUCGACGCGCAGCUUGCUCAGUCACAUAACGUCGUCGCGAAGUACUCUGCUUUAGGAGCCGGACAAGAACUCGACAAAGAGCUUCACCAGUUCAUGACGCAUUAUGUUUUGCUUUUGUGUUCUUUCAAAGAGCAAUUACAACAACACGUGCGUGUUCAUGCAAUGGAAGCUGUGAUGGCUUGUUGGGAGAUUGAGCAGUCUCUUCAAAGCUUAACAGGUGUGUCUCCUGGAGAAGGUAUGGGAGCAACAAUGUCAGAUGAUGAAGAUGGACAAGUAGAGAGUGAUGCUAAUAUGUUUGAUGGAGGAGGCUUAGUAGAUGUAUUGGGGUUUGGUCCUCUGGUUCCUACUGAGAGCGAGAGAUCUUUAAUGGAGCGAGUUAGACAAGAACUCAAACAUGAGCUCAAACAGGGUUACAAGGAGAAAAUAGUAGACAUAAGAGAGGAGAUACUGAGGAAGAGAAGAGCUGGGAAAUUACCAGGAGACACCACUUCUGUUCUCAAAGCAUGGUGGCAAUCUCAUUCCAAAUGGCCUUACCCUACUGAGGAAGAUAAGGCGAGGUUGGUGCAGGAGACAGGUUUACAGCUAAAGCAGAUAAACAAUUGGUUCAUUAAUCAGAGGAAGAGGAAUUGGCACAGCAAUCCAUCUUCUUCCUCUGUCUUGAAGAACAAACGCAAAAGCAAUACAGGUGACAGUGGCGGAAGAGAGCGUUUCACGUAGAAAGAACAAAAUUUAUGGAGUGAAUUGGGGAGCUGGAUUGAGCAGAUUUAGGGGUUAAAGUUGGGGCUAUACAGGAGAGGGGACAGAGUAUUAGAAAGCAACUUUUUGUGAAAUUACAACAUAGUAAAUAGUUUGGUUUUGUGAUGCCAUAUAUUUAUUAGUACACAGACCAAAGAUGAAAAAAAGAAGAUUCAGGCUUUUUUGUUUGAUGUUUCUUUUUUCAAUUGGGAUAGUUUGUAUGCAUGAGUUUUUAUUAUGGAACCAUCAUCAGCAUGGUAUCUUGUGAAUAAGACAGUGAGUGGAGGGCAUUGGGAUACACAGUUUCCAUAUAAAUAAAACAUCUCCUUAC